AUGUUGAAGCUUAAACCAUCGUUGAAACUUACUCCAUCUCUUAUAGGUCGUGCUAUUCGUUCCACACUGGAUGAUGAAUCAACAGCACGACAUACCGCACUUCUCCAGCAGCUCUGCGAGAAAUCAAAAAGUGUUAUUCGCGAGUUGGAUGGGUCCAACGACUUGACCUUUCUUCGUCUCCGCACAAAGAAGAACGAGAUCAUGAUCGCACCUGACAAAGACUAUUUACUAGCCAUGUCCUGGCUGUUUGGAAUAAAGCCCGCAACACCACCGGAAAUCCCAUCUGAUUUCAACCCACCUCAAGGUGGUGAUCCAAAAGAUCCAGCCGGACAAGGGAAGCAGCAACAGCAGCAGUCAAGAAUGGCGUACUCGUUUGACUCAACUGCGCUGGAGCGAGCUGCUAAAGCUGCAAAAGAACUGGAAAGGUUCCCCAAUGCGAAAGAAGCUCUGGAACUCAGUCGAUUACAAGAAUUGACGCGGCAAAAGGAAGUGGAACAGCAAACAAAGCAAUUGGAGGCACAAAUACAAGCAAUGAAGUCAGAUCAAACCCGCAUAGCAGAAGAAGAACGUAGAAAAACUUUGAACGAAGGAGACAAAGCACGCACGAGCUAUCAACUCGCCAGAAAACGUGCUGAGGAAGAACUGGCUAUGAAGGCUCGGAUGCAAGAGGAAAGCUUGCGAAAACAGGAAGGAAAGCGUCAAGAAGCAAGAGGCAUUGAGAAAAGCUCUCAACACAAGUACGAGUUGGAGAAAAUCGAUGCUGAAACUCGAGCUCGUGCAAAAGCUGCACGAGAAAACCGUGACGUCAACCUUGAGCAGAUGAAACUUCACGAAGAGGAAAACAGGAAAACAGUAAUUCGAGAAAAUAAAGUAAGAACGAGUGGUGCUGUCCUUGGGGCGGGUCUUCAAGAUUUCUUGUCGGACAAAACGAAGAUGACUGCUGCUGUAGGUACUUUGACCGCUCUCGCUGUCGGAUGGUAUGUGGCUAAACGCGGAACAGGAGUUGUUGCUCGGUACGCUGAGGCUCGGUUGGGAAAGCCCAGCUUAGUGCGAGAAACCUCCCGCAUUACUCCUCUCGAAACGCUUAAGCAUCCGAUAAAAGUGGCAAAGAUGGUCUUUCGGCCCAAACAUGACCCCCUGAAGGGUGUUGUUCUUUCGGGUCUGUUCCGGAAUGUACUCUUCUACGGUCCUCCUGGUACGGGUAAGACAUUGUUCGCGAAGAGCUUAGCUCAGCAUAGUGGACUGGAUUACGCUAUCCUGACUGGUGGUGAUAUUGCACCCAUGGGACGUGAUGGUGUAUCAGCAAUCCACAAAGUUUUCGACUGGGCGCAAAGUAGUCGAAAAGGAUUGAUCGUGUUCAUUGAUGAGGCUGAUGCUUUUCUUCAGAAACGAUCAAAAGAGGCAAUGUCGGAAGAUACGCGUGCAGCUUUGAAUGCAUUCCUUUUCCGAACUGGUGAACAAUCCAGACGUUUCAUGCUAGUUGUAGCGUCAAAUCAACCGGAACAAUUCGAUUGGGCUGUCAAUGACAGAUUGGAUCAACUGGUUCAGUUUGAUCUUCCUGGCAGACCGGAGCGUGAGCGUAUAUUAUUGCAGUACUUCGAGGAACACAUCGCUAAGCCAGCAACUAGUGGUGCGAGGGGGCAACGUUUAAAAUUGGCUAAUUUCGACUGGGUAGAGAAGUGUGCGCAAGUUGCCGAUAUAACCGAAGGAAUGAGUGGAAGAGAGCUCAGCAAGCUCGUCAUCGGAUGGCAGGCAUCAGCCUAUGCAUCAGAAGACGGAGUGUUGACACCUGAGAUGAUUGAUAGGAAUACUAAAGAUGCAGUGGCUCAACACGAACAUAAGAUGGAGUGGCUAGAAAAGGAGCAGUUGGCUGCAAGAAACAAAGAGAUCGUAUUUGGAACAAAACUCAAAAGAGAAACUGCGGUGUAA